AUUAAGCCUAAAUCACCCUAAAACCUUUCUUCACCGCUUCAUCGAAUUUUGGCGCAGCGUCUGAGGUCCCACCGGCGAACAUCCAUGGAAAAUGACUCCGAUCCUACCCUCACUGGAGACCCUUCACAACCUAGCCCUCUACCUAACGCCGCCGGUGAACCUCCAACAUCACCGUUGCUGAAGCGCCGUCGCCGCAAGAAGUUGUUCCCAGGGAUGAUUCCUUCCCACGCCCUUCGGCAACAUUCCUCCCGUUCAAGCGGCGGCGUCGUUUACAACGAGAAGAACAUGGACGACCUUUUCCAAGAGCAGAUCGCCGACGACGAUCUCCCCUCCGCUUCCUCCUCCUCCCGUUCCCGACGUAUCCCCUCGUCCUCGUCCUCCCGCCUUGCCCGCGACCUUGACGUCGAGGCUCAAAUAGCGAUCUCCGUCGGUUUUCCGGUUGAUUCUCUAAUUGAGGAGGAGAUCGAGUCUAACGUCAUCCCAAUCAUCGGAGGUGCAUCCCAGGCUAACUAUAUCAUCGUCCGAAACCACAUCGUAGCUCGCUGGCGAACGAAUCCCUCCGUCUGGCUCUCCGAAGAAGCAGCCGCCACCGCAAUCCGCUCCGAACACCAUCAGCUCGUCACUGCCGCACAUUCUUUCCUCCGCCGAUACUCUUACAUUAAUUUUGGUAUUGUCCGCAAUCCUCCUCCUCUGCCUUCUUCCGCUUCAUUUCCCUCCGUAAUUAUCGUUGGUGCCGGUUUCGCCGGCCUCGGUGCUGCCCGCCACCUAAUCUCGCUAGGUUUCAAGGUUAUCGUUCUCGAGGGCCGUCUCCGCCCCGGUGGUCGUGUCCUCACCAGAAAGAUGCAUGGCGCUGGUGUCGUCGCCGCCGCCGACCUUGGGGGUAGUGUCCUCACUGGCAUCAACGGAAAUCCCCUCGGUGUGCUCGCGCGCCAACUUGGCCUCCCACUUCACAAGGUCCGCGAUAAGUGCCCGCUUUACCUCCCAGACGGUCGGCCUGUUGAUCGCGCGGUCGAUUCUAGAAUCGAAGUUGCAUUCAAUCAACUGCUUGAGAAGGUCUGCAAGCUCCGGCAGGCUAUCAUGGAUGAAUUGAAGUCUGUUGAUGUCUCUCUAGGUGAAGCCCUUGAGGCCUUCCGCCGGGUUUACGGCGUUGCUGAGCCGCCGGAGGAGCGAAUGCUUCUGAAUUGGCAUCUUGCCAACCUUGAAUAUGCCAAUGCUGCUCUUCUCUCUGACCUUUCCUUGGCCUUCUGGGACCAGGAUGACCCUUAUGAGAUGGGCGGUGAUCACUGCUUCAUUCCUGGUGGCAAUGGCCACUUUAUACGUUCUCUCGCAGAGGGCAUUCCAAUAUUUUACGGCAAAACUGUAAACAGAAUUCAAUAUGGUUGUGAUGGAGUCAUGGUUUAUGCUGAUGGGCAGACCUUUCGUGGUGAUAUGGCCCUCUGCACUGUAUCACUAGGAGUUCUUAAAAAGGGGGUUAUUGAGUUUGUGCCCCCUCUUCCACCACAGAAACAGGAAGCCAUUGAUAGAUUAGGCUUCGGGUUACUGAAUAAAGUGGCAAUGUUGUUUCCCUAUGAUUUUUGGGGUGGCUCAAUCGACACCUUCGGACAUUUGACAGGAGAUUCCUGUCAAAGAGGAGAAUUUUUUCUCUUCUAUAGCUAUUCUUCAGUCUCCGGCGGACCUCUUCUAGUUGCUCUUGUUGCAGGUGAAUCAGCCAUUACUUUUGAGAAAGCUCCUCCAACUGAACCAGUCGAAAGAGCUCUCAGUAUUCUUCGAGGUAUAUUCGCUCCCAAGGGAAUUCAGGUUCCUGAUCCAUUACAGGUUGUUUGCACUCGUUGGGGAGCAGAUAAGUUCACAUAUGGAUCAUAUUCUUAUGUGGCUGUUGGGUCAUCUGGUGAUGAUUAUGAUAUUUUGGCAGAGAGCAUUGGCAAUGGCAGGGUGUUCUUCGCUGGAGAGGCAACAAACAGGAGGUAUCCUGCUACAAUGCAUGGAGCUCUCCUCAGUGGCUUCAGAGAGGCAGCUAACAUAUCUACGGCAGCUGCGAAAUCCAAGCUGCAGGUGGUGGAUAAAGCCAAUGUGGAGCAAGCCAUGGAUUUGGAUAAUUUGUUCAAGUCUCCUGACCUAUCUUUUGGUAGUUUUUCAGCUCUCCAUGAUCCAACUCCAGGGAAUUCUGAUUCCAUUUCAUUGGUACGAGUGGGAAUUGGUGAGAGAAAGCAGGGAUCAGGUUUGCUUUUUCUCUACGGCUUGAUUUCAAAAAAACAAGUUUUAGAGCUUGCUGGGAUAGAUGGAGAUGAGCAGCGAUUGAAUCUACUGUACCGUAGCUUUGGCACAAAACUGGUUGGGAGAAACGGAUUGGGCAGUCAAGGAGAAGCUCUUAUAUCACGUAUAAAAGCUUCUAAAAGUUCCAGCAAAACUAAGAUUGGAUUAAUGAAUGGAACCCAUCAUUCUUAACCCUGCAAAAUUAUUUGUGUUAGAUUUGCAUUUUCACAAUUCAUUUCUUCAAGAGGUCUGUGGGAAUAAGAGUUCUCCUUUUUUUUUUUCAGUCGGUUGAAUUCAAUUAGAGGACUGAAACAGCUAGUGCCAUCAAUUGUUCCUGCGAACUUAGGUAAAAUUGGCUGACCCUAGAGCUCUUUCCUGUAAUAAUAUUGCUCAGAUGAGUUGCCUUGUAUAUUAAUGGGUGUAAGACAUAGACUUCUCUUUAUUGCUUAGAUAUUUAUCUUGUAGGGGCUAAUGUAUUGUUAUUCAUAUUGAGAGAGCACAGUUUGUUCUAAUUUUUAAUGUAAUGAGAGCAUUUUUUAUAUCAA